AAUUGAACAAUUAUUCAUCAAAAUGAUAAAUAUGACAUAUUAACUGAUACGUGUGGAAAAAUAAAGAAUAAUUUAGUAAACAUAUCGAUGGCGCCAUCUUUACCACAAACUUUUGCCACCGAUGGCGCCACUGAUAUUAGCUUAUCGAACGGUAGUAGCGAACGGUAGACUUUCCAGAUAGACUUUCCGUUCCGGAUCCAGUGGAUUCCGAACAAUGUACUACUUAUUAUUGUCAGAUUUUCGUGAAUAUUGUGUUGAUUAAAACAUGAUAUCAAGUUUCUUCGUUAUCGACACGCGGCAUAUGGUUAUGGAAAGGAGCCUCGGCAGAGGGCAGCGUAGACGGUCUCAAUUGGCGGCGUGUUGGCGGCGUACUGUUCGCCUGUUCGCCGUGCAGAGCUACGUAUACAUUCGCAUAAUGUGAUUCAGUUUCGCUAGCUCUAUUACAGGGUGAGAUCCGCCAAGUGUGUGCCCGAGCAUCUCUCUGGGAAAAGUGCGUCGCACGUAAGUGCGGGGCGUGAUAUGAAACAGUGAAUCGGAGCCGUGAUUCAAAUGGACAGGCGACGCUAGUUGCGCGUCAUGGAAUUGUGAAAGGAAUCGAGAACGUACACGUUCGGUGGCAGGAAGUGGGAAAAAGGGCCAGGGAUACAACGCUCACGCCCGGUUGUCACGACGCCAUGUUUCCCCGAAGUGGUCUACCGAUGUCGAGUAUCCCUUUGAUGGUACUCUGCUUUUUCGUACUUGUCGCCGCCGGCCUUGACGAAUCCGGUGUGGACAAAAUUGAAACCACUGAGCGUAAAAAUGAAAACUCGGCGAGCUUAGAAAUUACAGCAUCGCAAGAUUUAGAAGGCAUAGAAGCUGGUAGUACACCUUCGUUGAUAUGUAAAUUAAACGUAUUGGGUCAGAUAUGGUGGACCAGCAAUGAUAGAAAUCUCACCACUAUCAAGGAUUUCGAUUCUGGAGGACGUUUGGAUAUUAAACAAGCUAGCAGAAACGAUACGGGAGAUUACAAGUGUAAGGCGUUAACCGCGGAAGGAGAAUUACUGGAGAAAAAUAUUCAUAUCCGAGUCAUUGAACCUGGUAGAAUAACAGCCGGAGAAAACGUUAGGGCCAAAGUAAGGGAGGCAGCUAACUUGACGUGUCAUAUGCAUGGCUAUCCGUUGUCUCAGUUUAUUUGGUUAAAAGGAAACGAUUCAGAAAGUACCGAACAUUUAAAAGAACUUACCAGCGUUACACAGAUAAACGAAACUUACACUAUAUUGACUCUGGAAUUUACGAGUUUGACUCGUAAAGAUAACGGGACGUAUAUUUGUAAGGCCCACGAUUACAACGGGGAAAUUAGUGCUUAUAGGCAUCUGUUUGUGAUCGAUGUACCACAAGUCAGCAUCGAUUUCAUGAAAGCUGUCGGUGCUGGAAGUAUAUUUUUGAACUGGACAGUUAAUGACGGAAACGAACCGAUCGAAAAGUAUUUUAUUCAGCAUAUGAAAAAUGGGACCGGUCAGUUUACCUAUUACAUCGAACAAAUCGGCGGCGGUAAUUCGAGUUAUGUUUUAAAAGGUUUCGAAAGCGGUACGGCAUAUCAAAUUGGAAUUAUUGCUAGAAACGAAGUGGGUUCGUCGCAUGCGUGGUUCGAUCCGCAUUGGAUAACCACUCUUGAGAAAGAUCCUAUAUUCGUUCCAAACGUUUCCGUUAACGGUGUUACCGAAAACUCGAUUACGAUAGGCUGGACAGUGCCACCGCCUGAUUUAAAAGAACACGUUCAUUAUUACAAUUUAAUGGCUACCCACGGGGAACAGAAACGAGAAGCAGUAUAUCCAGCGCAACCGCUUACUGUAUACGCGUUCGUUGAUCUCGAUCCUGCGACUACGUACAAGUUCAAAAUCGCAGCGUGCAGCGAAUACACGAAACAAUGUGGAAAUUGGAGCAUGGAAGUGAAUGGCACUACUUUAGACGGGGUGGCCAGUCCUCCUCAGAAUUUAUCUGUUAACUGCCGAUUUGAUAACAUAAGUAGCUCCAGUUUUAUCUCCAUCACGUGGGUUCAUCCGGAAAGACCGAAUGGUGUUAUUACUCGUUACAAUAUACAAUUAACCGGCGUUGCUAAAUUUAAGAAUGAUAUGGGUCGUCUAGACAUCGAUAGUUGGGGGCCACAAAAUUGGAGCGUUUAUAAAAGAAAUAGUACACACUUCAAUCAAAUACCGCCUAAUACAAAUUACACGGUCCGCGUACACGGUGUAACUAGAUCCCGUACACCAGGAAAGGACGCUGUUGGCAACUGUACCACGCCUGUUACCAUUCCGGAUAGAGAUAGUUUGAAUAUGCGAACAUGGCGAAAAAUCGAAAAUCAGGGUAAACAGUUAUUCAAGCUGUACCUUCCACGUAUCACGGAAAGGAAUGGGCCGAUCUGUUGUUAUCGAGUUUAUUUGAUCAAGCUGCCACCUCAGAAAAGCGUAACCGAUUUACCACCACCCGAGGAAAUCGGUGUAUAUACCUAUCAAUACGCCCACAACUCGGUUUCCGGCGGUGCUUACGUUGCCGAAACAUUCGACAGCGACCAAUUAUUAUCCGAAAUCUUCCUUGGCGACGGCGAAUCAUUCAAUGGCAACUCUAUGUGCGACAAAUGUUUUGGACUUCGGCCAAAAGUAGCUCCACCAGUAUUACACUUUGUUCCUGAAAUUCAAACGACUAUGGCAACACUCAAUACAACACCUGCAACGACCACAACGUCGGCACCCUCGACUACAACUUCUCUGCCAACGACUACUAUUACCACUACUACUACUACUACUACUGCUGCUGCUACUACUACUACCACUACUACUACUACAACUACUACUACUACUACCCAAAAGGUAGAGACAACAGUUCCAAAUCUAGUAACCAGCAACCAUACGGAGAACGUAGCAAGAAAGAAACGAGACAAUAUGGCCACGCAAAAGAUAAAUAGCAACGAUGGAUCGGGUGAACAACCACCGUACACUCCACAGGAUGGCUUCCUAGAUGAAAAAUCGAAUUAUACCGGUUUCAUCGAAGUUAUCGUGUUUGGAAAUCAGGAGGACCAGCUUUUACCAGCCUACAGCAACUAUUUCAAUCCUCUUUACGGAGGAUCGGAUCCUGGUACCCUACCUACAUCAGAAGUGACCACUCUCAGCGUGAUUCUGCAAAUCUCGGUUGCGCUUAUACUGAUCAUCAUCAUUCUUCUCAUCGCGCUUUGCGUAUUGCAUAGAUAUACGAAGCGCGCGCAACAAAGAGGCGAAGAAAUCAUUACUCUAAGAAAUAGUUUCAGAAGUCUUAGAGGAAGACACCAACUCGUAGCCGCAAGCCCACCGGAUAUGCCGCCUAUUCCUAAAAACGAGCUGCUUCAGUCGUACCUCGAACGUCAUCGAGAUUCCGACUACGGAUUCCAACAGGAAUUCGAGUCGUUACCCGAUAGAUUUACGGAUCGUACUACGAGAGCUUCGGAAGCACGCGAAAAUCUAUACAAAAAUCGAUAUCCAGACAUAAAGUGUUACGAUCAGACCAGAGUACGAUUGGCCCAGAUGGAUGGUAUCUGCGGGUCCGAUUACAUAAACGCUAACUUUGUGCUUGGUUACAAAGAACGCAAAAAAUUUAUAUGCGCCCAAGGUCCAAUGGAAAAUACCGUUUGCGAUUACUGGAGAAUGAUUUGGGAGCAACAUCUCGAGCUUAUACUUAUGUUGACGAAUCUCGAAGAAUACUCGAAAACGAAAUGCGCGAAAUAUUGGCCAGACAAAGGGGAAACGAAAAACUUUGGAGACAUCACCGUCGAGCACGUUCGAGAAAGAGCUUUCUCAGACUAUGUUGUGCGCGAAUUAAAAAUGACACGACUCGGUGAACGCGAUGCUCGUACCAUCGUUCAGUAUCACUUCCUAGUUUGGAAAGACUUUAUGGCCCCUGAACAUCCCCAUGCGAUAUUGAGGUUCAUAAAGAGAGUGAACGAAGCUUAUUCGCUGGAAAAGGGGCCGAUAUUGGUGCAUUGUAGCGCAGGUGUUGGACGCACGGGAACAUUGGUCGCGUUAGAUUCUUUGUUGCAACAACUCGCGGAAGAAGGCCAGGUUUCGAUAUUUAACACCGUGUGCGAUUUAAGACAUCAACGAAACUUCCUAGUGCAAUCGCUUAAACAGUAUAUUUUCAUUUAUCGGGCACUAAUGGAGAUGGCGCAAUACGGAGACACGGAGAUUCCAGCUUCUCAGUUGAAAGCUACUAUUGCAAAAUUAAGACAGAGGGACAACGGUAAAGAGAAAUGUAGAAUGGAAGAGGAGUAUGAUAAAAUCAACUCUGUGUUGGAAGACAGAAAAUCGUUCUCCGUCGGUGGAGGUGAGGAAAACAAAACCAAGAACAGAAGCGAAUUGAUAAUACCGUACGACAGAAAUCGAGUUAUUCUUACGCCUGUUCCGGGUAGAGAACAUUCAACAUACAUAAACGCAUCGUUUAUCGAAGGCUACGAUAAUUCCGAGUCGUUCGUUAUUACUCAAGACCCGCUGGAACCCACUAUAGCGGACUUUUGGCGAAUGAUUUCAGAACAAUGCAUCUCUACGAUAGUAAUGCUAUCCGAUCUGAACGAAGGUCCUCGAAAAUGCCCUCGGUACUGGCCUGACGACGAAACCGUAUAUGAUCACAUAAGAGUUAGAUACAUUCAAAGCGAGAGCUGUCCGUAUUACACUCGCCGCGAAUUCUGCGUUUCCAAUACAAAAACCGACGAAACCGUGGUUGUCACGCAAUAUCAGUACCAUGGAUGGCCAACAGUAGAGGGUGAAGUACCCGAAGUGACACGAGGUCUCAUCGAACUCGUAAACCAAACGCUUACAAACGCCACGGAAUCCAGCGGGUCGUUGGUUGUGCACUGCAGCUAUGGGUCCGACAGGAGUUCCAUGUUUGUCGCUCUUAGCAUAUUGGUACAGCAGCUACGAACUGAAAAACGCGUGGAUAUUUUCACCACGACGAAAAAACUACGUUCUCAAAGACAUGGCAUGAUCAGCGCCUUUGUGCAGUAUGAAUUUCUUCAUCGUGCUAUCGUGAACUAUUCGGAUCUUCAUAAUCUGGCCGACGACGAGCCAGCAUCUUAAUACUGUGAGGCGUACGAUUGAAAAAUCUAAAUAAUGUUCGGUGAACAUGUGCGUAAAGAAACAUUUCACGUACGAAAAGUGUUUGAGAAACGUAUAAAUGCUCAAGAGAACGUAUAUUGGGCCAACCAAAGAAAUCACUAAUCAUCUAUCGGUGAAUGAUCGUAAAAUCCACGAAGUUAGACUGACACGUAUGCCUGUGUAAAGAACUAUAACCAUUUGAGAAUCGAACGACUUAUGCACGGACUGUUGAAUUAUGUGAACUGAAGACCUGCACGAUACGGAAUAAGCAGUAAAAACCACACAUUUUCAAUUUCGUAGGAUUAAACUGAAUGCACAAUUGGUUCGUUGGUAAUUUUGACGAUUAACUCGAUCGUUGGUUGGUUGAUCGUUACAAAGUGCAGCGCAGUGAUAACCCUCGUGAUACCACGCCCUUGACAACUGUUGUAAAGCUACUCGAAUGACUCGUUUUUUAUCGAUAAUAUCGAGAACAAACAGAAAAAACACGAAAUAGUGUUAUCGAAACUUUUUGUGAUCGAAAUGGAACAUUCGGGGAGAGCAUAAACAUGUCAAAGUAAGUGAUUUUUUUAAUUAACAAAUACGACUAUUUGGUGAACUAGUGAAAAAUCGAGCAUGUUUCUAUAAGACAUACGAACAUUCUGACGAAUGGACCAUGUAGCUUACCGAUCUAUUAUUUGAUCGUCUUUUUAUAUUGUAAUAAUCAUACAAUAUCCAAGCUCACUGUGCAAAUGCAAAUUGCAUUGGUAUGUCGAAACUAUCGUUCAUAAAAGCUUUACUUUUAUGUUACGUGUAUCAUCGAGCACGAUCAAAUAUGGACGAACAAGUUGAUAUGGUUUAAGGCUGAACUAGAACUCUUGUAUUCUUCCAAACGUUUCUACCGACAUGUGUUGUUAUUCUACCAUUCGAUGUGACAAUGAGAGAUCAAACGCUAUUAUGAUCCACCUUACAUUACGAUAUACUAACGAUAGCGCAUGUUCAUGUGCGUAAGUUUAUUUGUAAGAUAUGGUGUCAUAUACAUAUAAGCGUGUUUCGCACGUCAACGCUAAUUUUUCUCCUAAAGAAAGACUGAUAUUCUUCUUCAGUUUAAAACGCGCGAAAAGAUAUCUGUACCUUGUUUCUAUUACAUCUAAACGUCUGCAAGUCCGUAAAACACGGAACAAUCAUUUUUUACUUUUUCACAUGCAAGGAAAUACGGGAUACCUGUGCGCGUGGCAUGCCCGCGAAUGUGCUUUAUAAGUCUUCGAUAAAAUAUCGCGCAUAAUUGGAGGGCUUACGCGGCAGAAAGGAAGCCAAGUUUUUAUUUGAGAAUACCAAGAGACAUGGACAGUUCUUAUUAGUUAGACCGAAUUUAUAUUACCGAGUUGAAUAAAAAUCAUUUGGCUAUUCGAGGUCGUUUCCCAUCAAGUGUAACUUUCACUUUUACGUUAUUUCAGCUUAUGUGCUUACGUACCUUGGACAGUCAAUUAAUUCUGAUUCAACUUGAAGCAUCGAGUUACAACAAUUUUUGUAUAAAAAAAAAAAAAAAAAAUGAAAAAAAGUAGUUCGUAUAAGUAAUUAACGCCUCUCGAACAAUUUUCUUUUAUGACAGAUAUUACGACGUAUAUUACGAGAAACUUGUCUCAGACACGAGAACUGCCUGUAACUUUUAGUAUUCUACUUUGUAGUGAUUAAUGUUGAAAUGGAAAAAAUGAAAAUAAGUUGACGGGAUUAAUAUAAAUAAGGAAAGAAAAAAAAAAAUGGAACCUUUGGAGUACGGAAAAUUGUGGAAAUCAGCACAUUGUAUUCCUUCGCACGCUCGUUCAUUUCUAGUCAAGUUUUAAUUCCGGCACGCGCGCUGCUAAGCCAUUCACAUGUGGCAGGGGACAAUCACGUUAAAUUUUACAUCACAUCGGUCGUCAAACAUUUUUUUCUUUCCUUUUCUCGAAAUCAGUUUCAUUCCACUCUGUGCCAAUGCACGUUCCCAGACUCGAUGUAUAUGUGUGUAUAACCAGCUCAUUACACGAGAACUAAUUAGUUUGCUAGUACGCGUUUCGAUUAUGUUAUAAUCGAUAGAAGUCUAAGAGACGUGUAUUCAUCGUCUGUAGUUGUAUCAUUACUAUCGCCUGUCGCUGUUGCUUACGUAUUAAUGAACAAUGUGACAAUAUUUGUUUUUAUGCUCAUGACACAUUUGAUAUACAUGUAUGUAUAAGUGUGUCCUGUGAAGGUACGAAGUGCCUAUGAAUCUCUGCCUGCUUGAGUUCUAGCGUAAAGUUACUGUGUCUACGGAACAUUACAUCUAUAAUUAAUGUCUUUUUCUUAGUUUCUUUUCUUUUUGUAGGCAUAUUUUGGAUACGACUUUGUAAGUGAUUUCAUUGGGCAUAUUACAGUCAAGCAGUAGUAGUGUUCAAAAUCAGAGAGAUAUUUCAUACCACUUUUGUUCAGAUUUUUAUAUUUGUACAUAAAUAUUUAUACGUGUAUAUUUCAGUAGAAUUUUGUCAUUGAUACAGUGCCACAGGCAUCGUGAUAUUGUUUUUCUUUUUUAUUCGCAUUGACUUUAUUUACUAUGUAUUAUUAUUUCGAUCAUAAUAGAAAUUCUUAAACGUAUUGUCUAAUCGUUGUAUCUCAAGAAAUCAUUUAACGUAAACAAUAUUUCGUUGUAAGUCGAAUUAACGCGCACAAUACUCAUACAAGAAUCUCCUAUCUGAUUCGAUAUUAUUACCGAGACAGGCAUCGUAAUGUGUGCCGAAACGACUAAGCCAUUUAUUUUCAUAUAAGCAAAAUUUACAAGGACAGCGUCUCUCAUCUGUAACGAACCUGUUUUAAUUUAUAUUGUUAUAUUGCUACCAAUGAGAAAAAAUAAGUGAUGUUUAAGUACAGAAAAAUAACUGUUAUUUAUAGAAUCAGCAAUUUUAUUAUAUAAUAAGAACU